CUAACCGUUACAUUACAACGGAUUUGAAAAGAAAAAGAAAAAAAAGGUUACUGAAACUUAAGGACUCCGGUGACGGCGACCAACAAUGCAAGCGCAGAUUCGAGGCUCUCCGUACUGCUCCUUUCCGACGCGUCACCGGCUGCGUCCGGUGCCGGUUACCGGUCGACUCGUUAGAACGUUGAGCUCACCGUCGUACGCCCGUACAGUGAAAUGCUGCUCUCUCCGGAGCUCCUCCUUGAUUGAUGAUGCAAACAAAUUCUCAGAAGCUGCAAAGAAGGGAAAUUUGGUUCCGCUUUACCAGUGCAUUUUCUCGGAUCAGCUCACGCCGAUUCUCGUGUAUAGGUGUCUGGUUAGAGAAGAUGACAGGGAAGCUCCGAGCUUUCUUUGUGAAUCCGUGGAGCCAAAUCUUCGCGACUCAAGUGUUGGGCGUUUUAGUGUGGUUGGAGCUCAGCCAACAAUGGAGAUUGUGGCGAAAGAGAACAAGGUCACGAUAAUGGACCAUGAAGAAGGGCUUAUGACUGAGGAGAUUGUGGAGGAUCCAAUGGCUAUCCCUGCUAGGAUUUCCGAGGGUUGGAAUCCCCAACUCAUUGAUGAACUUCCAGAUGCAUUUUGUGGUGGUUGGUUAGGUUAUUUUUCAUAUGAUACAGUUCGUUAUGUGGAAAAGCGAAAAGUUCCUUUUUCAAAGGCUCCUAAGGAUGAUAGAAACCUUGCUGAUAUACAUGUAGGACUUUACGACGACGUAUUCGUGUUUGACCAUGUGGAGAAGAAAGUAUAUGCUAUUCAUUGGGUAAGGCUUGACCGCUACUCUUCUAUUGAAGCUGCUUAUAAAGAUGGAAUGAAACGUUUGGAAUCAUUACUUGCUAGAAUACAAACUGCUGAUCCCCCAAGGCUAAGUGCAGGUUAUGUUGAUCUAUAUACUCGUCAUUUUGGUCCUCCUCUGAAGAAUUCAAAUAUGACAACUGAAGAGUUCACGAAAGCUGUACGGGAUGCAAAAGAACAUAUUUUAGCAGGAGAUAUUUUUCAGAUUGUAUUAUCACAGCGUUUUGAACGACGAACUUUUGCUGAUCCCUUUGAAAUCUAUAGAGCACUGAGAGUAGUAAAUCCAAGUCCAUACAUGACUUAUUUGCAAGCUCGAGGUUGUAUACUUGUUGCUUCAAGUCCAGAAAUUCUUACGCGUGUCAAGAAGAGGAAAGUAGUGAAUCGACCACUGGCAGGAACCGCCAGAAGAGGGAAGACAACCAAAGAAGAUAAAAUGUUGGAAACGCAGCUGAUUACUAAUGAAAAGGAAUGUGCAGAGCAUAUCAUGCUGGUUGAUUUGGGCCGUAAUGAUGUUGGAAAGGUCUCGAAGGAUGGCACUGUGAAGGUGGAAAAGUUGAUGAACAUUGAACGAUAUUCCCAUGUAAUGCAUAUAAGCUCCACGGUUACUGGAGAUUUACGCGAUUCCCUCUCUUGCUGGGAUGUCCUUCGUGCUGCUUUGCCUGUUGGAACUGUCAGUGGAGCCCCAAAGGUGAAGGCUAUGGAACUAAUUGAUGAGCUUGAGGUGUCGAGGCGUGGCCCCUACAGCGGUGGAUUUGGAGGUGUGUCUUUCACUGGUGACAUGGACAUUGCGCUAGCCCUCAGGACCAUCGUGUUUCCUACUGGAACUCGUUUCGACACCAUGUAUUCGUACAAGGACGCUGGCGGCCGCCGUGAGUGGGUGGCUUACCUUCAGGCUGGUGCUGGAGUAGUGGCUGACAGCGACCCAGAUGCAGAGCACCGUGAGUGUCAGAACAAGGCGGCAGGUCUAGCUCGAGCCAUCGAUUUGGCCGAAUCGGCAUUUGUCGAUAAAUGA